AUGUCAGACCCAAUCGUCGACAUCCACACCCACGUCUACACACCAGCAUACCUGGCCAUGCUCCGAGCACGCAAAAAAGUGCCCUAUGUCCACGAUCCUGCCAACGGAGCAGACUCUCGCUUAAUCAUCCUCGCAUCUGAUGACGAUAGUAGCACACCUCUUGACCAGCGCGGUCGUCCUGUUGAUGCAUCUUAUUCCGAUAUUGAGGUCAAACUCGCCUUUAUGAGACGGCAUGGUAUCACUACAAGCGUCAUAUCGCUAGCAAACCCCUGGCUAGAUUUCCUAGAGGUAGACGAUGCGCAGGUCUGGUCAGAAAGAAUAAACAAUGAUCUCGAAAAUACCUGCGCAAAAGUCAACAAGGAUACAGGAACUACCAGCAAUGUGAAAACACUCUACGCAUUCGGUGCCUUACCGCUCUCCGCACCAGAUCCAUCCAUAAUCGUCAACGAAAUCAAUCGUCUCAAAACCCUGCCACACAUGCGUGGCGUGAUUAUGGGUACAUCAGGUCUCGGAAAGGGUCUCGACGAUCCAGCUCUAGAUCCCGUCUGGGCUGCUCUAGAAGAAACUCAAACCUUACUCUUCCUUCACCCCCACUACGGUCUUCCAGAUGAGGCAUUCGGUGGUCCGGAAGUAACACAACGAUACGGUCAUGUCCUUCCAUUGGCGCUUGGUUUCCCGCUUGAGACUACUAUUGCGGUGACUAGAAUGCUUUUAUCGGGGGUUUUUGAUCGGUUUUCCAAUCUCAAGGUUCUUUUGGCGCAUUCGGGUGGUACUUUGCCGUUUUUGGCGGGGAGGAUUGAGAGUUGUAUUGCUCAUGAGAGAAAGUUUGUUGCGAAUGGGGGGAGUACGCAGGGCCCUGUUAGGGAUGUUUGGACGGUAUUGAACACGAAUAUUUACCUUGAUGCGGUGGUGUAUGGUGAAGCGGGUUUGAAAGCAGCUAUACAUGCAGCUGGUGGCCAUGAGAGGCUUUUGUUUGGUACCGACAAUCCAUUCUUCCCACCACUUUCCGAAGGGGACGUUGCCUGGCCCAGUGUUACAACAAACUACAAGGCAAUCGAAGGAACUCUGAGUACCGAUAAAGAGGCCAUUAGAGCAGUCCUCGGUGGUAACGCCAUUCGUAUUCUCAAUCUUAAUUAA